CAGGGCGCAGCUGAAAACAACCGAGAAGUGUGGAGACGCGCAGACCAUCUCCAUCGUCCGCAGUCAGUCUCCUUCUCAUCCUGCCUGCCUGACUGUCUGUCUGGCUGACAGGGAGAUCACUGCAUUGACCAAAAACUCACUAACUACCGAACUACAACCACUGACAGCACCGGCUGCUUUUCCACCAGCACGGGAGCAACAACAGCAUGUGAAUGGCGGCAGAAAGCGGCAGAGUUGUCACAGAGGAGCAGGAGGAGCUCCCAGCCUCUGGAGCCGUCACUCACGCGCACCACACACACACCCGGAGUCAGAGCCACAUCCAGUUUCAGCCUCUGACACACACCACCCAGUGGCAGGCUCCUCGUACUCUCGCUCACACGAGGAGUCACAGUCACACUCAGUUCAACACUCCCUCACACACACAGUCGCAGAAGUACGGCUGUCGCCUCACACACAGUCUCUCAGCCAUGGCCAAGGGAGAGAAGGGAGCGCAGGGCUCUGCAGGGAAGCUCAUCAAGCCAACUGAACCGCUGUUCCCCAAAACUCCUCAGCAGACUGAGUUGGGCCAGAAGUUGACAUUAUGCAGUAAGCUGUGUUUCGCCAUCGGCGGCGCGCCCAAGGAGGUGGCUGCAAGCGCCACUGCCUUCUUCCUGCAAAUCUACCUGCUUGAUGUCGCUCAGAUCAACGCCUUCCAGGCCUCCAUGGUGCUGUUCAUCGGUAAAGCCUGGGGCGCAGUGAGCGACCCCGUAGUCGGAUUCCUCAUUACAAAGAGCAGAUGGACCAAGAUUGGCAGACUCAUGCCCUGGAUGGUGGGUUGCACUCCGUUUCUGGUGGUCUCCUACUUCUACCUCUGGUUUGUUCCUCCUUUCAUCAGCGGAAGGUUCUUCUGGUACCUAGGCUUUUACUGCCUCUACCAAACAUAUCAGAACUGCUUCCACGUGCCUUAUUCUGCUCUCACCAUGUUCCUGAGCACAGACCAGAAGGAAAGAGACUCAGCCACUGCUUACCGAAUGACAAUGGAAGUGCUGGGGACACUUGUGGGCGCUGCCAUCCAGGGCCAGAUUGUGGCCAGCGCUCACACUCUGAAGCACUGCCCGCCUCACAACAUGUCUGCCGGUUACCUUGGCAACAGCAGCGGGGCAGAGAUCGUCACGAGACUGGUGCGCUCCCAGGACUACCUGUCACACUCAAAGAAGGUGUACAUGAUAGCUGCUGGUGUUGUAGGAGGAGUGUUCCUCGUCUGCACAUUGGUGAUGUUCCUGGGAGUCAAAGAGAAAGAUGAUCCGUACACCCCAAGGACAGAGAAGCAGAUCCCAUUCCAUCAGGGCUUCAUCCUGGUGAUGAGACACGGGCCAUACCUCACUCUAACGGCUGCAUUCCUCUUCAUCACUGUCGCCAUUCAGCUGGUACAGAGCAACUUUGUCCUCUUCUGCACUUACGCCGCCGACCUGAGGGAUCACUUCCAGAAUAUUGUGCUGACCAUCCUGGUUUCUGCAGUGAUAAGCAUCCCGCUGUGGCAAUGGUUUCUGCAGAGGUUUGGGAAGAAGACGGCAGCUUUUUGCGGUAUCACAUGGAUCAUGCCCUUCACCAUGAUGCUGGUCUUCAUCCCCAAUGUUGUGGUGGCCUACGUUGUGGCUGUCUCCUCUGGACUCAGUGUGGCUGCCUCGCUCCUGCUGCCAUGGUCUAUGCUGCCAGAUGUGGUGGAUGACUUCAGACUGGCUAACCCCUACUGUAAAGGCCAUGAAGCCAUCUUCUACUCCUUCUACGUGUUCUUCACUAAGUUUGCUGCAGGCAUCUCCCUGGGGGUGUCCACCCUCUGCCUGGAAUUUGCAGGGUAUGACACCGGCGCCUGCAAGCAGCCUGCUCCUGUAGUGUACACCCUGAAGCUGCUGAUUGGUGCUGCCCCAGUGGCCUUUAUUGUUACAGGGUUAAUGAUCCUACUGCUCUAUCCUAUCACCGAAGACGUACGGCUCAGGAACAGAUUCUGCCUGGAUGAGCUACGGAAACAAAGCAUCAGCUCCAAAACAAUGGAAGAUUUGAGUAAUGUGUGACCUGGAUCUGGGAUGAAGUGAAUUCACAAAGCCACGUAUUCCAGCGACGCCGCUGGAAAGUUGUUCCAUUAGUGUAUAUUACACUGAUAUUUAAAUUGUUUUAAUGUAAACAUUUUUGUUUCAUUUUCACAUGUACUGUGCAGUCAUCUUGGAUAUAUAAGAUUACCUAAUUUAUAUAAAUGAAUGUAUAUGAUUAUUUGCUGUGUUUAGCUCUACAAUGCUGUUAUUUAUUUAUGAUACAUGAUUAUUGAGGGCUGAUGAUAUGAAAUGAAUAAAUGUUGUAGAGGUUGGUUGGUAGACCGAAUAAAUGUGUGUCUCUUUGCUGAAGUAAAAUAAGUAACACACAAAGGAGUGUAAACUAGUUAUGUAGAUUUAAUAUUCAAAAUGCUACCAAAAGAUGUUUUUUUUUUUUUUACAAGAUACACUUGUAGAGCUCUGAAUGACACUGUGAACAGCAGUGAUACUCAACCUAUGGCCCGUGACGGGUAGCCCCCAGCCAUUUUCUAAUUCGCAAUAAAAAUAAAUGAAUUUUCACUGGAAUCUUUUUUUUUUUUUGUACUUUGAAUGUGAAUAAUGUGCCAGACAGAGACAGGGUGGGUUUUUGGAUGGAGUGCAAAGCGGAUUUUUUUAAAUGUUGGAGCUUAGCCUUAUCUCCCGCUCCACCCUGCUCACAUCCUUCGUUCGAAGCCUGCCCGAGUCCGUCUCUCUCUUACUGCAGCACAGUACAUGCAGAUGAAUGGCGCUGGCCAGUGCUUGUCAUCUGGCGGACCUUUUGCCCCAGGAUCCCCCGGACCCCGACAGGUCCGGGCUAGUCCCGGAUGUCCUCAAAUCCUAGAAGCGCCCCUGCGUACGCCUGACCUGUGCGAGCUGCUGCGACUGGAUUUGCCACUUGAAAGGUUGAAAACAGGCCAUUCAAUAAAAAUAGACAGAUGAAUUUGCCUUUAUUUUCCCACUUCAUAUACCAAUCCUAAACCACUGUGUUUAAUUGCUAUAUGCAAGGUUGCUAAUAUCAGGUGCCAUCACAAGUUGUAUAUUAACUGGCCCUGUGAAGCAAGUUGAGUAUCACUGCUGUAUGUAGCAAUGACAGGAAAGUUUCUGUUGAGUCUUGCCCCCUCUAGUGGUCAGUUGUGUUACUGAGCUUGGUAACAUUACAAAUAUAGGAGAAGUUCAACAUUUUAUAUGAUAUAUGAUUUUUAUAUAACCCAGAGCAUUGUAUAACAAAGGUUAAAUUACACUUGAGUGUUACACAUUCAUUUUAGUGGGACUUUUCAGCAUGAAAGUGCCAAAACAGAGAUUCUAUGGGUAAAAUUUUAAUUUCAUACUCCCCCCCUUUGAGUGUGGGGAUUUCUGCAGUGCUCUAGUAAUAACAAAUACAGAUCCAAAUAAAACACUGACAUCAUA